GAUAUCAAAUGAAAAACCAGUUAUGUAUAUGCAAUCGUUAUCAUAAUAUGAAUGUUAUACGAAUUUAAAAAUCUACAUUUAUAUUAAGUAGUUUUCUUUGACACUGCUACAUUUUACUAAAAUAAAGAAAUCAGCGCACCUUCCAUCAAGAAGAAUUCAUUUGAGAUACCUGGAUGUAUUGUGACCUGAUCAAAAGACGUGUCAUCGAACUGUGUGAGUUGUCCUAAUUUAGAUUUGAAGAGAAAGUAUUUGGCCUCGUAAAUUAAUGUAGCGAUGAUAAAGCUGCACUCGAAGUAAAUAUAAAUAUUAUUAUAUUUUGAUUACCGAAGUGUAUAAUAAUCACCAGCACGCGUAUAUGCACGUCUGUAGCAAUCAACUUCAAAUUAUCUAAAGCAUCAGGAAUGCUGUCUUAUCGUGCUUGAUUGUUCAUCUGUUUAACAUGUGGAAUUACUAUCAUCUAAAGCAUAUAAAUAGUAUCGUCUGCUUUGCAUCUGUUUACACACAACAAUUUUUGGCAAGGAACUAACAGUAACGAUCAAAAUGGCUGAGGAAAUUGAAUUCCCGUUCAAAGUUACUGACGGAUACCUCGGGCCGCAGGCGAAAUUCUUCCCGUAUGGAUUGGCGUGUUUGUCGCAUCCAGAACCAGUUCUAAUAUUGGACACUAACAAGUUAGAAAUUGUUAUUGGGACUUCCGAAAAGACAAGAUUUACUACAAAAUUUUUGCAAGUUCAACCGAAAAAGGAAUGUAGUCAAUAUGUGUUCACACAAAAUCAAGGAUCGGAAUACCAUUUUACUAUUGCUGUUCCUCAUACUGGAUGGUACAAAUUCCAGAUCUUUGCACUGCCGUCAUCUGAAGCUGGACCAAACAUGAUAAAUGUCUACAACUACAUACUACACGUCCAACAAGCGAACCACUAUGUAGAGUCUUUUCCAAAGCAGUAUCCUCUCUGGAAGCAGGAGGGAUGUUUCGUGUAUGAACCACAUAUGAUCUUGAAAGGAGUCCGAGAAGUCGGAGUGAAGUUUCGAUAUUUUAUUCCUAAGGCUGUUGACGUCCAAAUUAAAGUUGGGGACGACUGGAACCCAAUGGAAAAGGUUGAACCUGACAUUUAUGAAGCUUAUUUAGAUUUUAGCAAAGGAUAUCCAAGUGGAACGAAAGUGAAAUUAAAUGUAAAAUUUGGACGGAGCAGUAAAUAUGACAUUUUGUUGGAAUAUACUAUCUAGACAACCUAUAUGGUUAUUUACUUUUUUUAUAAAUAUGCUUGUGUUUGUUUUUUGGUAAGAUAUGUCACAAUGUAAAAUAAUUUAUUUUUAUUUAAUAGUUAAUUUAUAUAAAACAAAACUAUCUUUUCA